AUGGCUACGCUAAUUGCUGCAAAACAUUCUUCUUCGAUUGAAGAUGCUGAAAAUAUCAAGAAAGCGUGCAAAGGAUUGGGGACAGAUGAGACAGCUCUUAUAUCUAUACUAGCACAUCGAAAUGUAGCUCAAAGGAAACUUGUGAGGAUGGCUUAUGAAGAACUUUAUCAGGAAGAUCUUAUCCAACAAUUCAAAUCUGAACUUUCAGGAAGCUUUGAGAGAGCUAUUUGCAAUUGGACGAUGGAUCCAGCUGAAAGAGACGCUGCAUUUAUUAAUGAAGCAUUAAAGAAGGAAACACCAGAUUACAAAGUAAUUGUUGAGAUUGUUUGCACUAGAACAUCAGAAGAGUUUCUUGCUGCAAAGCGUUCAUACCAGUUUCAAUACAAGCAUUGCCUUGAAGAAGAUGUGGCAUCCAAAACAAUCGGUGAUAUUCGCAGAUUGUUGGUUGCAGUUAUAAGUACCUAUAGGUAUGAUGGAGACGAGUUUGAUGAGAAUCUGGCUCAUUUAGAAGCAAACAUUCUUCAUCAAGUGAUCGAAAACAAGGCCUUUAACGACGAUGAAAUCAUAAGAAUUUUAUGCACAAGAAGUAAGAAGCAGCUAUGUGCAACUUUCAGUACCUUUAGAAAUGUGUAUGGCACGACAAUUACCAAGGGAUUAUCAACAAAUCCAAAUGAUGAAUACAUGACAGCACUGCGUACUGUCAUUCGUUGCAUUAAGAACCCUCGUAGAUACUUGGCUAAGGUGUUAUGCUACGCCUUGAAUGAAUUGAUAGCUGAAGAACAUGAAUUGAGCCGUGUAAUCAUCACUCGUGCAGAGAGGGAUUUAAAUGAAAUCAAUGACCUUUACUUCAAGAGAAAUGGUGUCACACUUGAUAGUUCCGUGGCUAAGAAGACAUCAGGAAAUUACAAGAAUUUUCUUCUUGCGUUGUUAGGAAACAAUUGAGUUUAACUUAUCUGUG